UUGCAGUGCAUGUGGGUGUGUGUGGAGCGGGUGACAGGGCAGAAAUCUCUUAUCUAUCACUCACAAACUGGGUAAACUCACCACCCACCAAAACUUGUACACGCUUGUACACUCAUAUACAAAUAUGUAUAUUUGCUAUGUCCUUUAGUUUAAUUUGCAAAGGAUAUGAUGUCACCCUGUUGUUACUGAGAACAAUUGUAAUGUGACAUUUUUAAAACAGCUUUUUCAUAAUACGUUUUUGUAUCAGACAUAAGAAGAUCAACUACACGUCUAAAAGAAAUAUGUAGACCAGAACUACUCCUCUGAAAACAGAGUUCAGAAUGGAGUAGGAGGGACCUUAAGGGGAAAUAAGGAGAAAAGUGGAUGAGAAACGUUGUGAUAUUGUGAGUUUAUGGGAACAGAAGAGAGAAAAACAGCAAUGACAGACAUAAGAGUGGCAUGGUGCUUCUUUCUGAUUCAAAGUGCUUUUGAAGUUAUAACAGACACAGUGGAUGUAUGCGGCUCUUGCCAUCAAAAUGCAACCUGUGAUGAUAAAACUGAUGGAUCAGGGGGGAAAGUGUGCAACUGCAUUUAUGGAUUUGUAGGCAAUGGGAGGACUUACUGUGAAGAUAAAGAUGAGUGUCAACUGGGUUAUAUCUGUGGAGAUCAUACUCGAUGUCACAAUACAUACGGCAGCUAUUACUGUACCUGUCUUAAAGGGUACAGCCCGUCCAAUCACAUGGCUACAUUCAUACCCAAUGAUGGAACAUACUGCCAUGAUAUAGAUGAGUGCAAUGUUCAGGGCGUCUGUGGUGAAGGAGCUCUCUGUCAGAACACAGAUGGAGAUUUUACCUGCUCCUGUCAGACGGGUUACACAGUCCACAAUGGAUCAGAACCAUUUAAUCCAAACCGGGAUGCAGCUUUCUGCAAAGGUAUGAAUGGAGCAAUUGCCCAUUUGAUAGACUGUGGGUCUCCUCCAUCAGUCCCCCACACCAAGCAGAUCUCCCCCACUCUCACACACUACAGCAGUGAAAUCCAGUAUGACUGCAUGGAGGGAUUUCAGUGGAAAACAGGAGAGAAUUCCGCAGUCUGUGGUCUAGACGGAAAGUGGCAUGGACCCAGCCUGGUCUGUAAAGAAGUGAACUGUGGGGAGCCUCAUGUUUUGCCACACUCAAAAAUGAUUUGGAACAACAUCGCCCGAAUGGGAUCAGUGGCGCUGUAUGUGUGUGAUCCACAGUUUUAUAACAGUGGACGUGAGAAUGUCUCAAUAUGUACUGCUUACGGGACAUGGAGCCACCCUGACUUCCUGUGUGAAGAGAUUCAGUGCGGUUCUCCUCCUGUCCUGCCUAACACAGUGUUAUUUUGGAACGGUAUCAGUAAGAUUGGUUCUUUGGCUCUGUAUGACUGUAAAACUGGAUAUCACAGUUUGGAUACGGGAAAUGUGUCGGUGUGUAAAACUGAUGGUCAGUGGGGUUACCCAAAUUAUACUUGUGAAGAGAUUGUAUGUGGGGAGCCCGCUAUACUGCCACUCACUGUACAGAUAUGGAAUGGCAAAGUAACGUUUAACAGCACUGUUACAUAUCACUGCAAACACGGUUACUAUCCUAAACAAGGAAAUAAUAUAUCUGUAUGCGCUGAGAAUGGUUACUGGACAAGACCAACUCUAUUGUGCGAAGAGGUGGACUGUGGAGCGCCCCCUUCCCACCCCCUCUCAGUUAUGAUAUGGACAGGAGACAGUAAAGUUGGAUCUAGAGUGGUUCAUAAAUGCAUUGAUGGAUUUCAUAAUGUUAGGAACAGUGAUGUGUCAAUUUGCAGUUCAGAGGGAAUCUGGAGUCAGUCUGAUUUUCUGUGUCAAGAAGUAGACUGUGGCGUGCCACCUUCACUGCCUCACUCAUUUGUAUUAUGGAACAACAGCUCCAGUCUGGGCUCAGUGGCUCACUAUAUGUGUGAAACUGGAUAUCACAGUGUGGGCGAAGGAAAUGUGUCAGUGUGUAACUCAAAUGCAAAGUGGAGCCAAAUAUACAUGAGAUGUGAAGAGAUAAACUGUGGACCUCCCCCAGUAUUCCCACUAACAGAAAUAAACUGGAAUAAAACAUCUACACUGGGCAGUGUGGUUCAGUACAAUUGUAAAUAUGGGCUCAAACGGGAGGGGAACAAACACAUGUCAACAUGUACAUCAGAUGGAACAUGGGAAAAAGUAUCUGUAACUUGUACAGCACACUGUGGUCCUCCACCAGAGCUGCCACACACAGAGGUAGUGUGGGACAACAGUACCGCAGUCAUCCACCGCUGUGUUAAAGGAUACUACAGCCACACAGGAAGUGACAUUUCAAUGUGUGACAUCAAGGGAAAGUGGCAGAUAGCUACCCUGCACUGCAGAGAGCUGAGGCUGACAAUUAAUGAUCUGGUGGUGAUUAAUGAAAGAUGUCUACGCUGGAAUGCAGAAAAUGACGGACAUAGAGAGAAAUACACUGUGAUGUUCAUUGGUCUACGAGACUUUGACCGAUCAUUCAGCGACAGGAAAAAAGAGCUAUUCAGUUCCACGGCACUGUGGCCUGUUCUGUGUUUAAAUCUUUUGCCUGCUACAAACUACACCAUAACCAUUACAGCCGAAUCGACACGAGCCACCUCCACUGUUACAGCAAAUACCAGCAUGCCAGUCCCCCCCACACCAGAGGUCAAGUACAGUGAAGUAGACGCUCCAUUGCUCAUUCUCAAAUUACGGAGAACGACCAGCUCACUUGACUCAAUAUGUAUGUACCAGGUGUUUGUGUUACCUGUUGAGGGCAUGUUGCUGUUUGAUUGCAGCUCAUCUCUCAGUCCGCGGUUCUUCUCGCAGGAGAGGUGCGACAGGGGGUACGUCACAGCCCAGAUACAGCUCAGCGGUCUGGGCACAGAAAUGAACUUCUCUGUAGGAGACCAGCAGCAGUAUGGGGACUUUUUUAACGCUCCUCUUGAGAAUGGAAGAGACUACUACAUUAUUCUGCGCACUGUCUGCCAGUGGGGACAGUCGAGAACACAGUCCUGUGUCAUCUGGGCCAAAGCCAGAGGAACAUCCUACAUCAUGAAGAUAUCUGCUCUUGUAACUAUUGGAUUCAUAACUGUCUUUGGCUCAGUCAUUGUCAUGGGAUACUGUUACAGAUGGUACUGUAAAAUGUCCAGCCACAGAAUUUGGUCUCCAGUAUUAUAGAUGAUCUUAAAUUAUUGCUUCCUUUGUACUGAAAUAAAGCAGAUCUGUUUGUUAUACUGAUGAGUACAGUGUCAUCUUUAGAAGUGACCAGCCUGCCAUAGUAUUCACAUAAACGAGGUCCAAGUUAAAGGUAGAAUACUUUAAAUGUUAGCAAGGUUUUUAAUUUAGGACCUUUUGUUAUACAGGAAAAUAUUAGGACCACCUUUUUUAUCAUGAGCAAAAUUGACACAAAUAUAUUUUUUGGAUGCAUGUCAUAAUAUUUGAAAUAUUAGCACUUUAUUAGAUCAUAUUCAGGUGCUUAGACAAUAGAGACUUUCUAUGAACAUGUACUUAAUGGAACAAUUGAACUUUUUCACAAGUUUACCAACAGAUGGAGCCAAAGACUCAAUAGAAUGUUUUAGCUUUAGGUUUUGCCUAUAACAUAAUUUCUGUAGUAGCACUACAUAAGCUUUCCGUAACAAAAAUGUACCAUGCUUACCAUCUUUUCUGUCAAAAAACAGUUACUACAGCUAUUGCUACUACUGUGCACUGUAAAAACAUAAUACAUUAAAAUGGGAUCUCCUUUAAAAAUUGCAUAAUAAUCUUUCAGGGUGUUUCUGUUCUGUGUAUUUUUAAUAUCCGAAUAUUAAAAGUUAAUAUAGUUACGAACAAUGACUGACUAAAAUCUUUCAAAUAAAGCCAGAAUGAUUGUCA